GAGGAGACGGAGCAGCACGCUGCAGAGAUCAGCACACACACAUUCACACACAUUUUAGACACGCUAUUUCAAGCAUAAACGCGCAUUUUUCCUCGUAAACGCAAAACGAAAUAUUAAAAGAGUGCACCGCAAAACGUGAUCCCCCUGCAGCCCGGGGGCUUUAGGAGUCUGCAAGGAAGUCAUCAUGUGAAAAAAAGACAUUAUUUGCUAAACGGACAAUAGGGCUGGAUCACAAGGAAAAGAAAAGACUAGGCUGAAGGAAAGGAAGUAUGGCUGAGGUUUACAGUCAAUGAAGUCGGAGGGGCGUGUGUUAGCGUGACAGAGGUGGAGCUUAAUCCACAGAGAGAGAGAGAGAGAGAGACUCCUCUGUGAGGAGGCCUGUGCCGUCGACCCCGAAAACCCAUCCGAGAAGUGUUGCUGGCGCUGCACCACAACAUGCGUCUCAAUCCCACAGUCACGCGGGAGCAUCUCAGCGCAUGCUAACACUCGGAGCUGUCAUUGCCACCUCCUGUCAGAGCAGUCAAACAAUGGAGCAAACCACUGGUGUGAGCGGUAUGUCCGUGGAUGAGAAGUCUGAAGCUCCCAUGUACGUGUAUGAGUCGACAGUGCACUGUACCAACAUCCUGCUGGGUCUGAAUGAGCAGCGGAAGCAGGGCCUGCUCUGCGAUGUGACCGUGCUGGUGGAGGGCAAGGAGUUUCGCGCACACAGGGCUGUACUAGCGGCCUGCAGCGAGUACUUCCUACAGGGGUUUGCCACCCAAACUGACAAUGAUCUGGUGCUCAGCAUGCCAGAGGAGGUCAGUGCCCGGGGAUUCGCUCCAUUGUUACAGUUUGCCUAUACGGCUAAGCUGCUGCUCAGCAGAGAAAACAUCCAGGAGGUCAUCCGCUGUGCCGAAUUCCUGCGCAUACACAACCUGGAGGACUCGUGCUUUCGCUUCCUGGAGGCCCAGCUGCGCAGUGAGGAGGACGGCCUGCUCCUGUGCCGCAAGAUGGCGUCUGAGAGCAAUCACUCAGAGGACGAGGGCAUGCAACCUGAGUUGCUGACGUCAACUGAAGUGACGCUACCUGGUUCUCCACGAUCUCGUCUUUGUGCCGAGGCCUUGCACUCCUUGCGGCGACCGGACCACGAGCGGAUGGCAGCAACGGAAGAUUUCACUGAUGGGCUGAUGGACUUUGAGCGACAUGGCACCUCAGACCUGCCACGAUGCCCUAAGUACAGGAAGUACCAGUUAGCAUGCAACAAGCACAAUAACGACGCCUCUUCACACACCAGUACCUCAGGUUUUCCAAGCACAUUCAAGGAGAUGAGCAGGCCGGCUGUGAUGCAAAUCAAGCAGGAGCCCCGCAGCGAGGAAGAGUCCAUCUCACUUUGCCUGUCAGGGAAUGAGCAGGAGGAUGGUGAAAAGGAUGAUGUGGCUGAGAUGGACCUGGAUGGUUCCAUCACAGUGGACCAACCAAAAGGCAGAAGCAAGUCACCCACCUGCCUACGAGCUCUGUUCAAGAAGGACCUACCCAGCACACCCCAGCAGCUCUUAGCUAACAGACUCAUCAACGCCCAGGAUAAAGGAACCACUCAGGGAGACCACAAAAAAGACUACAGGCCUUCGCUUGGCAAUGAGUUUGGCAUGCCUGUGGCAUUCCCCAAAGACGCUGAUGGUUUCCCGCCAGGGCUUUCGUUGAAGUCGCCUUCCUGCGAUGGUGUGUGCAAGCAAGAGGUGGAGCCGGACCGCCGCAGUGUCAUCUUCUCCUCAGGGGCCUGUGACCGACUGGGUACACCCACCCACUCCCAUCCCAGCGGGAACUCAUUGGAGAAGGAGCUCUCAGAACACAUGCCAAAGGGAUUGUGGGCCGGCGCCAGCCAGUCCCUUCCCAGCUCUCAGACCUACUCCCCUAGUACCACAGCCAGCGACCCGCCCCUGCUUUGCCGCCAAAGGCCCAAUACCAGCUGCCCAGUGCCAAUUAAGGUAUGCCCACGAUCGCCCCCUUCAGAGACCCGCACUCGGACCUCCAGUUCCUGUUCGUCCUAUUCUUACGCUGAGGACGGAAGCGGUGGGUCUCCCUGCAGCCUGCCGCAGUUUGAGUUUUCACCCUCGCCUUGCCCCAAUGUGACGCGGUGUCUCACCUCUGACCAGCAAGAGGCAGGUGGUGGGACGGAUGCACUAUUUGCACGGGUACGGCCCAAGAUAAAGUGUGAGCAGUCAUAUGGAACCAAUUCCAGUGAUGAGUCAGGGUCCUUUUCGGAGGGGGACAGUGAAUCAUGUCAUGUUCGAGAGCAAGGCCCUGAGGUCAAGCUUCCGUUCCCUGUCGAUCAAAUCACGAAUCUUCCACGCAACGACUUCCAAAUGAUGGUGAAAAUGCACAAGCUGAGCUCAGAGCAACUGGAGUUCAUCCACGACGUGCGCAGACGUAGUAAAAAUCGCAUCGCGGCACAGCGCUGCCGCAAGAGGAAACUUGACUGCAUCCUGAACCUUGAGUGUGAAAUACGCAAACUGGUGUGUGAAAAGGAGAAGCUAUUAACAGAGCGCAACCAGUUGAAGGCGUGCAUGGGAGAGUUAUGGGAGAAUUUCUCCUGUCUGUCGGAGGAGGUGUGUCGAGAUGUGCAGCUGAGCCCAGAACAGGUCCAUCACUACUGCCCUAUACUGCGCCCCGGCAACACGUCCUCCGUGGCCCCCGGCAGCAUCGACCUCACCGCCUCCUCCACCCCUGAACAGAGCUUCCUCAAAUCAGCCUCCAAAAAAGACGGGACAACCCGAAAGCCCCAGUGGAAAACUGGCAACGGGGCUGAAGACGCAGCCAACCACAGGGAGGAGCAAGAGGCCAGCUCUGCCUAUCUGGAGGCGGGGCUUUCCCUGGAACAGUCCAAUCAAACGGUGACAGUAGACUUCUGUCAAGAGAUGACAGAUAAAUGUACAACUGACGAGCAGCCCAACAGAAAGGACUGUACCUAAUGACGGUGGUUUCUCUGUGUUGAUUUGUUUUUUAUUAUUUAAUUUAGUUAUGUCUUCUGACAAACCCUCAAAAGUCGAGGGCUGUUGAGAUGGCCAGCCUCUGCCAGUGUUUUUGAUUUUUUUUAUAUAUAUAUAAAUAUAUAUAUUUAUGUCUUUUUAUUGUCUUUUUUUAAACAAAGGUUGACACUACAGUUGUCUUAACAGCAGCAAUACUGUUCUCCAGGUUCUGUCUCGUUCAGCCAUGGCAGAGUGGCUAAGACCUUCUCACAGAACUUCACGAUGGUGCUACACCUUUCCAGGACAGUGGAGACACUGUCUGUUUCCAAUUACAGUCCAUUCAGUUGGGAUGGGCGCUGACCACAUCUCAAAUUCAGACCUCUACGGACCUAGCAGCAGCUUUUUGCUCUCUUUUUGUCUCUUUCUUCCCUCUCCACCUCCAUUUACUCUUCCUGCCCUCUACCUCUAAAUCUCCCUCUCUUUCUCUCUCUCUCUCUCUCUCUAUCUUCUCUUUCUCUUUGUGGCCCUUGUCACAGUAAAUUCAAACUCAGGAAAUAUUCUGAAUGUUCAGUAUAACUCAUGAAAAAAAAAUAAUACAGUUUUUUUUCUACAGCAGCUAGACUGUAAAUGUCCAUAUGCAAAAAUGUCUUCUGCAUCAUGCGUUUGUAGUGUCUGUGUACCGCAACACGUAAUUUGUACAGACGAUGGUAUCUAAAAACAUUCCUCCUUUGCCUUCCACAGCACUGAUACAAAAUAAAGUACGACGGAGAAGACUCGCAUCGUAGUUUUGGCCACCUUUUUGGGUCAGCAAUACUAUACCAUUGGAUGUUUUCGAGAAGUGCUCGCUCGACAGAAAGCGUAUUGUAAAUAGUACGGUGCAUGGAGAUGGACUAGGUAAUAUUGUACAGGUAGUAACUUUCGCGCUUUUUGUUUUUCGUUUUCUUUCUUUUCUCUGGGGUUUUAUCAAGCACCUUUUUGUCACGAAGGGAAAAUCGUUGCUGUUUCCUGUCUCGAAUGAAUUCCCCAUGACGAUGGAUGUGCUUAAUCUCAGGAAACUAGCAUUCUUACACUCACGCAUGCACACACACGCUCGCAUACGACCCCUCUGGUGCAGCGCAUAGACCCCCUUGCAUGUAAUUUGGAUGUAAACGGUGUGCGUAGUGGUGAGCUGUUCUUCUUUAAAUGUGAAAACGUGCUCUUAUCAGUAUUUACAGUGUGCUCACGGACACCUGCGAACAGUGUUAUCCUUAGCACCCCUUUCAGUUUUGGCCCAUUUUACAGAGCGGAAAUGAUGUUGAACUCAAUUUUGUUUUCCCCUCCCUCAGCACUCUUUGAUUGUUCAGCACUUCUGAAAGGGAUUUCUUUUUCAGAACCCUGAAAAGUCUGAAAUUGAAGCACUUAAUGUGAACACUUAAAGUGUCUCUCUUGGCUGAUGAUCUUUAAAGACACAAUAUCUUAUAAAGAACGUUUUCAAGUUCAUUUAAAUAAAAAAAUAAAAAAAGAUGAAGAUGAUGAUGAAGUGUUCAAAUCAAAUAUUUAUGGAAGACACUAAAAAGCUGCUUUUAAAGUGUGUUGUUCACACUUGUAGGUUGGUUAUUUUGGUCCAGGCCAAAUAAUUGAGAUACAUAGUCCUGGUUCACUUAUAAUCUGUGUUGCUUUUAGGCAUGGGUCGGUAUAAGAUUCUGACAGUAUGAUAACCUUGGAUAUAACGGUUAUAACUGCUCUAAAAUAUAUUCUUUUUUAAUGUCUGGUUAAAAAAACUACUUUUUUUCCCCUUUAAACACAAUAUAUUUAAUAUUUUGUAGCGGUAAACAUGUCUGGCUAAAUAAUUCAAAUGAAUCAUUGACUUCUGCUGUCUUCAUUUGUUUCCAAAACACAGGUUUCUUUACAAUUUUAAAACGGCAUCUUCAGAUAUCUUUUCUGCUGGAAAUACUGUUGUCCAAAAAAACUAAAUCAUAAACAAAAAAAUCUUACACAUACCUUAGGAACCGUAUUACAGAAAUGUUUUAAAACCUUGACUUUUCCAAACCGCGGUAUACCUUGAAAACGGUUAUCGUCCCAUGCCUAGUUGCAUUCAACCAAGACUUCAUUUGCAAGUGGACCAAGACCCAUUUUUGUAGGAUCCUCAGUCCACUUGUUUGGUGUGCACCAUUCAUUUUAAAAGAACCAAACCUUCCAAAUGUGAACGCGCCCCUAGAGAGCUUGAAAAAUCAGAUCUGAAUUAAAUGGAGUAAGCCCAUUUCCUAAAGUUGUCCUAUAUUUCUCUUUAUUGUACAUUUGUUAGACACAUAUAUCCAAACUAAUGGAAUUGCAUGCUGACUGUAUAUUUUAUAUAGUUUGUUUAGAGGUUCUUUGCCUCAAAACUGUAGGCCAAAAUUAAAACGGUUGAAAUCCGGACUUGACUCUGGUUUAGUUGAGCAAAAACGAAAAGCAUUUUUCUUUAAAGCCUGGAUCUCCCAAUAGGUUGGGAGUGUCAAUCGUUUGACAUAGUUCUAUAUUAUUUCAAUGACCCCCUAGAGCUCUACAUGUGCGUGCUUGUGUAUUUGCGAGUUGUUAUACAUCCCCCCACCCCCCUUCGUAUGCAAGCACACACACAUAAACACAUAUACACACACACACAUAAACAAGUCACACUGGGUCUCUCCUAGGGAUGUAGAAUCUAGAGGUGUUGUGAUGGAUAGUUGUGCUGUUGUUUUCAUUGUGGAUCUUUUUCUCUUUCUCUCUUUCUCUUUUUCUAAAGAAAUUGAAACAGUAUUUGCUAUUUCUAAAUUGUAAUCAGGUACAAGACUAGAACUAAAGAUUUAUGGGUCCAAGUGGACAUUUGUGCACACAUAUGCAAAUCAUCCCUAUAAUGAUGCAUUUUUUUUUCUUAUUUGUUGUUGUAGAAAUAAUGAAUAACGAAACGUGGAAUGCAUGACCUUCCACAUGACAAGCACACUGUCGUACACUUGAGGAUCUAUGUCCACAAUUUCUGGAUACAAAAACAAAAGGUCACACCUGCAUCAAGGCGAUCCAAAAACAUUUGCUUUUACGUUCCUCACAUAGCAAUGUAUUUGUUGUGUUUUUUUUUCUGGGCCGUACGUGAUACGGCUGACUCCUCACGCUUGCACACUUGGCCUUAAGAGCCUGGGGAUGCUUCGGUUCAGGCCGACGUUUGGAUGCAGAGAUCGGGAGUCUGGUGACACGGAUUGGAAUUCUGACCUCUGUUAGCCUCUGUUAUUAAAAGCUGCAUCAUGUUUGCCUCCACCGUGACUUCAAGGGUUCGUCCUGGUCACUGAAAGCCUCACAGGUCAAAUAAGCUUAUCAGCUCUCCUCUCAACAACACUUCUGCUAGUUUUUGUUGUUUUACAGAGGUUUUAUUUUCGUAUCGGAUUUGUGGUUGCUCUUGUAUCUUGUCUCAGGGUGCGUGCCAACUUUUUUUAUUGUUAUUUUUUGGUUGAUGGUAGCUGGUGAGCUCAGCUUUCGUUCUUGGCAUAUGUUUUCUUGCAUUUUUUUGUGUGUCUUCUUAUAAAGCUAAUGGGUGGGUAGCAUUUCUUUUUGUUAUAGUUUCUAAGCUAAAAAUGUAUUGGUGCGUAGAGAAAUCGGACUAGAUUUGCACAAUUAUUUUAGAUGAAAACCCAACAAGGGCUAUUUAAUAUCUCAACUCAAAUUUUUUGGUUGUAAAUUGGCUGCCGCAGCUAAUCUUUUAAGCUUUCCAUCCGCAAUGGAUGCGUAUUUUAAGCUUGAGUAAAUGUAUUGAGAACCAAUACUGUACUAGAAAACACCCUACAUCUCUUCAUCUACGUAAGCUCUCGUUUGGUGUCGGUCGGUUUGUUUUGUUCGUGCUGCUUCUCUGAAAUAUGAACACUGGCGUUCCAAAGCGUUGCUCAAAAACUUGCCUUUUUCACAAUUUGCUUAACUUUAUAAAACAUUUGGUAUUCGGAAUGAAAACGGCGCAAGAAAAAGGCAAAAUGUUUACAAAAAAAAAAGGUGUCGUGUUUUACGAGAAUUUUGCCAUGUACAUAGAAAUCGUGAGGCUUGUUUGACUUUCGCAUUCUGUCUCUUUGUUUUGUACGUUUUUACAAGCGAACAGAAAAAUGGCCGUUUGAUAACUAUGCUCCUUUUUCCUCAAGUUGUCUUUUUUCGCCCGAUGGGGAUGCUCCAGUGUACCAUGAUUACAAAGUGCACCUCCAACUUUGCCUUAGAACUUCCAGAGGCCAUAGUUCACAUUCAAGUGAAGUGUGUAUGCAGGGGCUGUGAGCCCCCAUGUUUCGGCUAGCAGAGCGGACUCUCUCUCUCUCUCUCACACACUUAUCUACCUGUGAAAUCCUUCAUACCUCUCAUUACUGGUCAAUGACUGUAUCAGCAAACUGCAUCAGGUGUUUUUUCUACAUGCUUUUUACACAGAUUAUAUGGAUUAUUGUAUUGGUAGAUUUUGGUGCAUCAUUUUUAAUGGAAUAGCUCUGACUUGUAGUCACACGAGUUGUUUUUUUUUUCUCUCUCUCUAUCUCUCUAUCUCUCUUUCUGACUUCUUAUCGCAUUUUUUUCUAGAAGAGCGUUUUGUGUUAAUAUUGUCGAUUUGAGGUAGCUGUUUCUUUGCUUAUUCUGUACUAAGAAUUUUUACUUUUUUUCAUUUUGAAAUGCUACAUGACCCUAAUGAAUUUAAUGACUUAAAAACCAGUGUACAUACGGUAUUGUGCAGGACUCAUUUUCAUGCAUUUCAAUUGCUAGUGUUAUAUAAAUGACAGAUUUUGUCUAGACACCAUUUCUGUUUAUGAAAUAAAGAAACAUAUCAUGUA